CCCUACUGCUGUUGCUGAGGCUGAGGGAACAAACACUGUUGGUGGAAAAAGCCCUGUUGCAGAUUUUGCUAAGCAGACUGAAUGCAUAUCGAAAUACUUUGAAAGUCGGGGGAAUAUCCCCACGUUUGUGUUUAGGAUGAGCAUGGAAGAUUAUGACUACCUGUUCAAAAUUGUACUAAUAGGAAAUGCUGGUGUUGGGAAAACCUGCCUAGUCCGACGCUUCACUCAGGGCCUUUUCCCCCCUGGACAAGGGGCUACCAUAGGAGUUGACUUCAUGAUCAAGACUGUGGAGAUCAAAGGGGAAAAAGUAAAGCUGCAGAUCUGGGACACAGCAGGCCAGGAGCGUUUCCGUUCCAUCACCCAGAGUUACUACCGGAGUGCCAACGCACUCAUCCUCACCUAUGACAUCACGUGUGAGGACUCCUUCCGGUGCCUUCCAGAAUGGCUGAGGGAGAUUGAGCAGUAUGCCAACACCACCGUGGUCACUAUUUUAGUCGGCAAUAAGAUCGACCUAGUGGAGAAGAGGGAAGUCAUGAGGCAGAGAGCUGAAGAGUUUGCGAACUCCCAGAGCAUGCUUUAUCUGGAGACGUCCGCGAAGGAGUCUGAUAACGUGGAGAAGCUCUUUCUGGAUCUGGCCUGCGAGCUGAUCCGCGAUGCCAAACAGAACACGCUGGACAACAAUGACACAGCUAACGCUAUGCCAGGAGAGGGGAAAACCAUCAGCUACCUAGGUUGCUGCAGCACUAACUAGGUCAGAUUCUAGAGUGCUGGGUCGUGUUCAUUCCUGUUCAUAAGGGCACAACACCAACACCAACGAGGGUGGGGGGGGGGGGGGUUCUUAUCGGACAGAUGUAGCUCAGUACCUUCCGCCUACCCUCUGUUUUUCGGGACGUUUUCCUUCCCAAGUUGAAUGCCUAUUGAACACCACCCUGAACUGUAUUCUGGCCAUGCAGCUGUGCUGAGUGCACUACGACGUAGACCUGACGCAGUGGAAUGGAGAUGACAGGAUGCCUCUGUCUGUUUUGUCCCAGACUUCAUGGUGCCACUUGUCAGUCACUCUUUUGAGAGUCCCUCCCAUGGCCUUUUUUAAUUGUUACCUUCAACAGUAUGAUCUGUCCAAUCACCUUCUUGUUGUUUUAUCCUCUGUGGGAAUAGAAAUGUUCAGAGGAUGCAAUACAAGUUGCUGCCACUAGAUGGGAGUACAUAACCAUAUAUCCCUGGUGCAAUGGGAUUGAACAGACUGUACUAUAGGCCUUGUUGCAAGCUGAUAUAAUAUAUUGGGAUUUAUUAUUUUUUCCCCCAGAGGAAAUCUGAGGAAGGUUUAAGGGGUUAAAUGUAUUCCUACACCAUUCAUUCAUUCAUUCAACAGAGAGGGGGGUUGUGAGUCCUGUGUCCUGUGAGUUGGUGAGCUACCACCAGCACCUGAUUUUCAAAAGAACCACAAUUAUUUCCUCACAAACAGGACCUGUACAGCCCAAUUCAAGUUCUUUAAUUUGUCAACAACAAAUGAUCUGAAUAAGAUUGAAUAGAUAAAUGUGUGUGAAUGGGAAUCGACCCAACCACUUUUAUAUAUAUAUAAUUAUAUAUAAAAAAUACAAUUCAAACACUUAUUCAUUUAAAUUUUGCCGCAUGCUACAUGAAAUUGUUUGUUAGUUAGCUAUUGUAGCCUACCUAUACAAUGCACAACAUUAAUAUAUAGAUAUUAUAUACCCUUUCGAUUUAGGCUUCCUCAGUUGACCUAUUGGUUAUUGAGUAAUUGAUUGGUGCCAUUUUUUUUUUUUACAGUAUUGAAAGAAAUGAAAAGCCCAAUUUACCAGAAGUGAUCAAUAAGGGUUUUAUUGUUUAUUCCUCAUCAGUACACUUUAUGUCCGAGAGCUCAUAGUAAAAGUUAAAAUUCCUUCAAGUAGCAAACACCCAGUGUGGGUUUAACUAAUUUCAAAACUUAUCAUUAUUAUAAAAUUGAUUGCACAAGUCAUUUUGUCUCUCGGCUCAAUUUACUCAAGUGUCAAAUGGUGUAUGUAGUUUGACACGCCUGCAGAGCGGCAUGGUAAAGAAAGCAGUCGUGUGUGUAGUAUCCCACGCUAUCCUCCAUGUAGUCCGUGCUCUCUACUUUUGACCACAGCCCUAUGAGCCCCUAUGGGCUCUGGUCAAAAGGUAGUGCGCUAUUAUAGAGAAUAGGGACGAAGCUGAAGUAUUGCUUUUGUCUGCUUUUGUCUUAUGAAUGAUGAUGGAUGUUCAUUUCAGAUAAUGUACGAUGUUCAUUUCAGAUAAUGUACGAUGUUCAUUUCAGAUAAUGUACGAUGUUCAUUUCAGAUAAUGUACGAUGUUCAUUUCAGAUAAUGUACGAUGUUCAUUUCAGAUAAUGUACGAUGUUCAUUUCAGAUAAUGUACGAUGUUCAUUUCAGAUAAUGUACCAGUGUUCAUGAAUGAUGUUCAUUUCAGAUAAUGUACCAGUGUUCAUGAAUGAUGUUCAUUUCAGAUAAUGUACCAGUGUUCAUGAAUGAUGGAUGUUCAUUUCAGAUAAUGGACUAGUGUUCAUGAAUGAUGGAUGUUCAUUUCGGAUAAUGUACCAGUGUUCAUGAAUGAUGUUCAUUUCAGAUAAUGUACGAUGUUCAUUUCAGAUAAUGUACCAGUGUUCAUGAAUGAUGGAUGUUCAUUUCAGAUAAUGGACCAGUGUUCAUGAAUGAUGUUCAUUUCAGAUAAUGGACCAGUGUUCAUGAAUGAUGUUCAUUUCAGAUAAUGGACCAGUGUUCAUGGAUGAUGUUCAUUUCAGAUAAUGGACCAGUGUUCAUGAAUGAUGUUCAUUUCAGAUAAUGUACCAGUGUUCAUAAAUGAUAAUUUCAGAUAAUGGACCAGUGUUCAUGAAUGAUGUUCAUUUCAGAUAAUGGACCAGUGUUCAUGAAUGAUGUUCAUGUCAGAUAAUGGACCAGUGUUCAUGAAUGAUGUUCAUUUCAGAUAAUGUACGAUGUUCAUUUCAGAUAAUGUACGAUGUUCAUUUCAGAUAAUGUACCAGUGUUCAUGAAUGAUGUUCAUUUCAGAUAAUGGACCAGUGUUCAUGAAUGAUGUUCAUGUCAGAUAAUGGACCAGUGUUCAUGAAUGAUGUUCAUGUCAGAUAAUGGACCAGUGUUCAUGAAUGAUGUUCAUUUCAGAUAAUGUACGAUGUUCAUUUCAGAUAAUGUACGAUGUUCAUUUCAGAUAAUGUACGAUGUUCAUUUCAGAUAAUGUACGAUGUUCAUUUCAGAUAAUGUACCAGUGUUCAUGAAUGACGUUCAUUUCAGAUAAUGUACUAGUGUUCAUGAAUGAUGUUCAUUUCAGAUAAUGGACCAGUGUUCAUGAAUGAUGUUCAUUUCAGAUAAUGGACCAGUGUUCAUGAAUGAUGUUCAUUUCAGAUAAUGGACCAGUGUUCAUGAAUGAUGUUCAUGUCAGAUAAUGGACCAGUGUUCAUGAAUGAUGUUCAUUUCAGAUAAUGUACGAUGUUCAUUUCAGAUAAUGUACGAUGUUCAUUUCAGAUAAUGUACAAUGUUCAUUUCAGAUAAUGUACCAGUGUUCAUGAAUGAUGUUCAUGUCAGAUAAUGGACCAGUGUUCAUGAAUGAUGUUCAUUUCAGAUAAUGUACCCAUGUUCAUGAAUGUUCAUUUCAGAUAAUGUACCCGUGUUCAUGAAUGAUGUUCAUUUCAGAUAAUGUACCCGUGUUCAUGAAUGAUGUUCAUUUCAGAUAAUGUACCAGUGUUCAUGAAUGAUGUUCAUUUCAGAUAAUGGACCAGUGUUCAUGAAUGAUGUUCAUUUCAGAUAAUGUACCCGUGUUCAUGAAUGAUGUUCAUUUCAGAUAAUGUACCAGUGUUCAUGAAUGAUGUUCAUUUCAGAUAAUGGACCAGUGUUCAUGAAUGAUGUUCAUUUCAGAUAAUGGACCAGUGUUCAUGAAUGAUGUUCAUUUCAGAUAAUGGACCAGUGUUCAUGAAUGAUGUUCAUUUCAGAUAAUGUACGAUGUUCAUUUCAGAUAAUGGACCAGUGUUCAUGAAUGAUGUUCAUUUCAGAUAAUGGACCAGUGUUCAUGAAUGAUGUUCAUUUCAGAUAAUGUACGAUGUUCAUUUCAGAUAAUGUACGAUGUUCAUUUCAGAUAAUGUACGAUGUUCAUUUCAGAUAAUGUACCCGUGUUCAUGACUAAACGUAACAAUUCCCUUAAUGUAUUUGUCUGAUUGUUUGCACAUGUUAUUACAAUGGAACUGUGAAUCAAUAUUUUUAGUUUAAAAUAGAUUCUCAACAUUUUACCUGCUGCUACUUUCUUUUCACAUUUUCAUGUUGUCUAAUAUGAAAAUCAAACCCGUACUCAAGAAUAGAUUAUAUUUAUUCUUCAGUUGAACAGAAUUCUGUAUCGCCAAUUUUUUAUUAUUUUAUUUGAUGACUGCAUUGUUACUUGAUAAUGCAUUUAAUAAUGCACUACAUUAACUAUUCAGUUAACCCAUAGCCUCUAGUUAGCUGCACGGAAAAUAUAUUUCAACUUUUCAAGUGUUUAAAACACUAGUUCAAAAUGUAUUUGUUUUCUUUACGGUUGAUUUUUUUUAAAGGGGCAAUCUGCUGUUUCUAAAUACAUUGUUAGAUUUACAUGAGUGUCUGACUGUUUCCAGACAUCAAAAUGAGUCUAAUAUUAAGAUGAGUCCAUGACAUCUCAUGUGAUCUAUUGUGAUUUUUAGAGUGACCAAUCACAGGAAAUGUGAUUAUGUGGAUUAUAAUUAAUGAUUUUUUUUUUUCCGUUGGGGGGUUGAUACAUUUUUUCGUUAGGGCAACUUGAGUCUGAAAUUUCAAAGUGGAAAUGACAAACUUUAGAAGCAUUUUUAAAACGUUUUUCAUUUGCAGGAAAAUUCUCAGCAACAAAAGAGUGAUCAAAUUAAGAGACUACAUCUGUAGUUGAUUGCCCAAUGUUUGCCGUGAUUUGGAAGUGUCAUGCAUUCUAUAUAUUACCACAUUUUUCUUUGAUUUUUUGUUUUGUACACAGAAUUAUUUUGUAGCCUGGGUACCAGUCUGUUUGUACUAACAUUCUACUCCUUGUGGAAUGUUGGCAUAAAACAGGUCUGGAUUUCAGGAUAAUUUGUACUGUAUUCCAUAUUCUUAUGCUUUUGGUGUUUUUAUCUUACAGCUCCUGCCAUAUAUUUGAGUGUCUUCUAGCUUUAUUUUAUAGACCUGAUUGCCAUGGUGUACUGUUGUUACACAGCAUCAUAAUCUGCUGUAUAUUGAUAGUGUAGUUUUAAUAUUUCAAUUUCUUGUUUAUUGUAACGCCUGUAUUUUAACUUAGAACUUUGCUUUUAUAUUACUGGAUAUAUAUAUAUAUAUAUAUAUACUUUUUUUGUCCUCCUGAACAGUAUUUGAUUCAAACGAAUGUUAAUCUAGCUGAUAUUGCUGUCUUUUGACUGCUACAGUACUGAGUAACUUGGUCAAACUGCUACAGUACUGAGUAACUUGGUCAAACUGUGUUUACCCAUGUUUCAUGACUCGUACCUCUUCUUCUAUGGUCUAGAGACUCUAGAGGGAGAAAUACACAGUCAAAUACUUCAGUAGAAUACAGUAAAAAACCUUCAAUAGAAUACAGUAAAAAACCUUCAAUAGAAUACAGUAAAAAACCUUCAAUAGAAUACAGUAAACCUUCAAUAGAAUACAGUAAACCUUCAAUAGAAUACAGUAAACCUUCAAUAGAAUACAGUAAACCUUCAAUAGAAUACAGUAAACCUUAAAUAGAAUACAGUAAAAAACCUUCAAUAGAAUACAGUAAAAACCUUAAAUAGAAUACAGUAAAAACCUUCAAUAGAAUACAGUAAAAACCUUCAAUAGAAUACAGUAAAAACCUUCAAUAGAAUACAGUAAAAACCUUCAAUAGAAUACAGUUGAGAAAAAGAGAAGCAUCAAGAUGUUACAUUUAAUUUGGAUAUGACUUUUUUUUCUUUUGUGUACAAAAUAAUACCUAAGGCUAUCCUGUAUUACAUUAAAUCACACUAAACAUGA